AUGAGAUUCUCCCAAACUUUGAAAACAUCAUUGUCGUCAGAAUGGACAUACUAUUGUCUUGCUUACGAUGAGCUUAAAAGCAUGUUAAAACAAGAGAUGCAUGAAGGACAAAGUACCUGGAACGAAGAAAAAGAAUCGAGAUUUGUUGAGCAACUCGAAAAAGAGCUGGAGAAGGUGCAUAGUUUUCAGCGUGUCAAGUUGGGGGAGAUUAAUCGGCGUAUCGAUGCUGAAGCCCAUGAAGUCGAAAUGUUGUGCCGCAAACAGAUGCCUGAUGAAGACGAGUUUACAGCCUCGGAAAUCGAAUUAGGACACAUCAUUGCGGAUGUGCAUGACCUGGCCAAGUAUAGCCGUUUGAAUUAUUCAGGUUUCCUUUUGAUUGUCAAGAAGCAUGAUAAAUGCACCCAAUGGUUGCUCAAGCCGAUGUUUAGUGCUAGACUCAAUCGCAAUCCUUUCCACAAGGAAAACUAUGAUGCUAUGAUAGUGAGGAUUUCGACAUUGUACGAUCGUGUACGUACCCGAGGCAGAGAACGUGGAGGAGAUUCCGGUGCUGGUGGAAAGCAAUCUGCCUUUGUUCGCAAUACCACCAAAUACUGGGUACAUCCUGACAACAUCACCGAACUCAAAUUGAUCAUUUUAAAGCAUCUCCCGGUGUUGGUGUUUAAUCCAAACAAAGAGUUUGAAGCACAAGACUCAGCAAUCACCAGCAUUUAUUUUGACAAUGACGACUUUGAUCUAUACAAAGGGCGCAUCGAAAAGAGCGAAGGUGCUGAAGCAAUACGCAUGCGAUGGUAUGGUGGCAUGGAUACCAACACGAUCUUUGUGGAGCGAAAGACCCAUCGAGAAGAUUGGACAGGUGAUCCAUCGGUCAAGGCUCGCUUCCCAAUCAAGGAAAAGUACUUGAAUGCAUUUUUGCGUGGCGAGUAUACAACCAGCGAGUUGUUUUCAAAGAUGCGUGAACAAGGAAAACAUUCGAAAAAGGAGAUUGAUGAAAUGGAACAACUAGCACAAGAAGUGCAAUACACAGUGCUUACCAAACGACUCCAUCCUAUGAUGCGGACAUUUUACAAUCGCACAGCAUUUCAACUUCCAGGUGAUGCUCGUGUGCGGAUUAGCUUGGAUACCGAGUUAUCGCUCGUGCGUGAGGAUAACAUGGAUGAUCGUAUACGUGCAGGUUCCAAUUGGCGUCGCACUGAUAUUGGUAUCGAUUAUCCCUUCAAGCAACUUCCAAAUCAAGAUAUUUGCCGCUUCCCAUAUGCCAUUCUCGAAGUCAAAUUGCAAACGCACGUGGGUCAAGAGCCACCUCAAUGGGUUGUGGAUCUCAUUAAUUCGCAUUUGGUUGAAUCCGUCCCCAAGUUUUCAAAAUUCAUCCAUGGAUGUGCCACGCUCUUGGAAGAUAAAAUUAACCUGCUCCCCUUUUGGCUACCUCAAAUGGAUGUCGACAUUCGGAAACCACCUGCAAAGACAUUCUCUGGUGUUGCAAGGCCUGCUAUCACUGAUAAGAAAGACAACGUUGUAGCAUGCAGUAGCAGCAUCGCCUCGUCAUCCAAUAAUAGCGAAGAAGGAUCAAAACAACAUCAUGUGCAAAUCAGUAUCGACACCAGCCCUUCUAUGAAUGACCCAUUACAAAAGCCGCCUUCAGCAGCAGCAGCACCACCACCACCACCACCACCAUUCAUGUUGCAAAACAAACAAUCAUCACUGCAAGAGCCACAACAAUCAACAUUACACCAACAGUAUUCAUUGUUGUCACAAAGACUUGUUUCAUUGUACAUACGCUUGUUUCCCCAUCAUGCCAAAAAUCGACAAGGACCAGCAGCUGCUAUAAAGGAUGGUGAAGCCCUUCCUUCUGAAAGUAACAAGAAACGACGUCCACCAGUUAUAGCCAAAGCACCACCAGCCAAAACGUUCUUUGCCAACGAACGUACAUUCCUUUCAUGGAUUCAAUUUACGGUCAUGCUCGGUGCACUCGCUGUGGGGUUCCUGAACUUUUCAGAUGUGAGCGUAGGCCGUGUAUCAGCCGUAAUCUUUAGCGUGCUAGCAAUGGGUAUCAUGGCGUAUGCUUUAUACACCUACCAUGACCGAGCAAAUCGUGUCCACAACAAUGAACCAGGCGAAUAUUCCGAUAAAUAUGGACCAUUGGUGCUGACAGGGCUAAUGAUACUUGCCGUAUCAGUCAACUUUUAUCUGCGCAUAUCCUUUGAUGGCAGUGCGGAGAGGGAUCAUGGUAGAAGAUGA